CUGUUUUUCUGUCACAAAUAGACAUAAGUUGAGAUAACGACCGCUUUCUUUAAUGGAGUGAACAAUUAAACCACCCAGCAAAGUUAACACCCACUUGAUCUGUCCACUGUCCACUCCCCCAAAGCUUUUUUUUAAUAGAUUCAUUGUGCACCGGCAGUGUUGUGGCGUUGUGGCUCAUUCUGAAAGCGUUUACUUCGAAAAGAACAUGGAACUGAUAUAUAUAGUUUUAUGUUUCAUUUUGUGGACAAAUGAGGCUUUAUCAACGGAAACAAAAUGCCCCGGCCUCCCAGAGGUAGGCAAUGCUGACUUGAACGAGGAAUCUCAGAAGGACAAUUAUACCGAUGGAGACUUGUUGUACUUCACUUGUAGAGUCGGCUACGCAUCUACCAGAAGAAUAACGUACAGAUGCAGUAAUCGGCGCUGGAUAGCAGUCCGUUCGGCCACAUGUUCGCCAAAGCCAUGCGAACUUCCCGAGGACACGCCAAAUGGUCGCUAUGACAUCGUGACCGGCACAGACUUAGUAUUUGGAACUGUUAUUAAAUACACCUGCAACGAGGGCUACCAGAUGGUGAGUAGAUCCGACACCAGAUCAUGCAUGGUAGAAGGAUGGAGUGACCACGUACCGUUAUGUGAAGCGGUCAAAUGUGUGGCUGAAAUAAAUGAUGACAGUGUGAUUGUUAGCGGACUACCAGACAAUAAAAAUCACAUAGAAUCUGGACAUGUAUUACAUUUUAAAUGCGAGUCCUCAGAACAAACACUAAAAGGGGAGUCAGAGGUUGUUUGCUUAUCAAAUGGGACAUGGAGCAGUCAGUUUCCUACAUGUGAAGUGCUUGAACCGGUCCGACCUCCAAUUUCCAUGAAACCACAAGGUUACUCUUGUGGACCCCCACCAUUAAUUAAAUAUGCCGAUAUCAGAGGCUUCCAAAAGGACACCUACCGGCAUGGUGAAAGAGUUGAAUUCCAGUGCCAGAAUUUUUACAAACUUAGUGGCACAAAUACUAUGCAAUGCCAAUAUGGACAAUGGACUAAGUCACCAUUAUGCCUUGAGCCAUGUAUAGUGACAAUUGAAGAAAUGCAGAGACGGGGAGUUAUGCUCAAGUACGGAACUGAAAGAAAGCUUUACGUACCACACGAAGACCGGGUUCAGUUCGUGUGUGCCCAUUGGAAAAGUCGAAGCGAUGGAGAUUUGAUUCAGUAUUGUCACAAUGGGAAAAUGCAUAUUCCCUCCUGUUCUUAGGGCAGCCAUAUUCAAGAGAGGCUCCCAGGAAGAAUUUAGUAAAUGAAUAACAUUUGAGUUAACCAAGAUUCAUUGGCCUAGUGAGUGUCUCAAUACCAGUGUUGAAAUACUCUCCAAACACAAAUAAAAUAUUCAUGGAUCUUAA